AUAAAGAGAGUGUUAUUGUUGAUGAAGGAGAAGAUGCUUUGUUGCGUGGGAGUGAGCAAUAUGAUGUCCCCGAGACUCGACAGACUCCACUUGCAAUGCCUAAUUGUUGGCAAAACCAAGAAGAUUCUAUCAUUGAACAAAACUUCUGGAAGCCCGUCACUGCAGCACCAUCAAACGAGGAGAGUGAGAUAGAGAAUAAACAAGAACACCAAGAAAUUAAUGGGAGAAAUCAUUGUAAGUAUUUUCAAGAACCGGAAAUGAACUGUUUAGAGCGAGAGAAUAGACUAUAUGGAGAGCUUGAAGCAAUUUAUAAACGUAUCGGCACUUCCGGGAGUAAUCAAACUGCUUCUGGAUCAGUUCAUUUGCCCGUAAAUACCCAUUUGCAGGCUUCGGAGGCUUCUAUCGGAGAAGAAGAAUCCAUGAAAAUGGCUAAAAGGAGAAGCAAAAGGAAGAAAAAGAAGGAUCAACUAGAUUCAAUGGCUUAUUUUCUUGAGAGUUUAGUUAAACAAAUUAUGGAAAAUCAAGAAAAUCUUUACCGGAAGUUUACGCAAGUCAUUGAAAAACUGGAUCAAGAGAGAAGAGAAAGAGAGGAGGCUUGGAAGCAGCAAGAACUAGCAAAGUUUGAGCAAGAAGCGGCAGCACGAGCCCGUGAGAAAGUCAUAGCAAUAAGUAGAGAGGCCACCAUUGUUUCAUACUUGGAGAAAAUCACAGGUCAAAGAAUUAACCUUCCUCCUUUAAAGUUGCAACCAGCAAUUUCUGAGAAUCCAUUCUGCACAAAACCCAACUCUACCAGUGCAACUGAUGUUAGAGGGGAUGAAGAAGAUGAAACACAUGGCCUAAAACAAAACCGAAAGCCUGGAUUCAAAAUCAGAAUCCAUUAAUUCAGGGAUGAAAAGGGUUGUUUUAGGAGGAAAAAACUAUUCAAUGGCCCCAACUAUAUGAUUUUCAGUGGGGUUGAAAUGUAAGAAAAUCAGGGGACGCUGAGAAAGAUAAAUCUUUGGGAGUCCUUUGAAACUUGAGCGUAUGGAUUCUGAUCAGUGGAAAGUCUUUGAAAGAGGAUGAUUUGGUG